GGGCAUUCACCUCUCAGUCUCCCGUCUCCUGCCUUGUAGUACCUGUAGUUGUCAACUCAAAGCUCUGAGCGUACCGAGUCCCCAACGUUCCAACUUCUUCCUCAACUCAUCUCAACUUUCAAUCGACAUGGGUCAGAUGAUACCCGACCACGCUUCCCGGGCUCCGGUGGAUCCCAAACCCAAUGACACAUCGAAGAAGCCGAAAUAUGAUCCAGCCUUCACAGACAAGGUGAUCGCCGCCACAGGACCGAAUGCCAACCGGCGCCUGGCCGAGGUGAUGCCCAGCUUGGUGCGCCACCUCCACGCAUUCGCGCGUGAGGUCAACCUGACGGUGGAGGAAUGGACGGCCGCAGUGGAGUUUAUCAACGAGUGCGGGCAGAUGUCGGACGACCGGCGGAACGAGACGCAACUCCUUUGCGAUAUUGUCGGACUCGAAAGCCUGGUGGGUGAGAUCACCAGCAAACUUGUCUCGACAUCCGAAUCGGAGACUCCCUCUGCCGUUCUCGGACCGUUCUAUCGCCAGGAUGCACCGUUGCUGCCGCACGGCAGCUCCAUUAUCAAGGACCUCGGUCCGUCUGUGCCUUGGUAUGAGCAAGCAGUGGCCGAUUCAGCCUUUGUUACAGGUCGUGUGCUGUCGAACUCGGGAGAGCCGAUCCAGGGGGCGAUACUGGAUGUGUGGCACGCGGCACCCAACGGGCUGUAUGAACAACAAGACGAGUCGCAGCCGGAUAUGAACUUCAGGGGUCGCUUCGAGACAGACGCGUCUGGCCGCUACGCCUUCUAUGCCCUUCGACCGGUGCCAUAUCCGAUACCCGACGAUGGGCCCGCCGGCCGGCUUUUGGCCUUGUUAGACCGGCAUCCGUACCGGCCCGGUCAUAUCCACUUCAUCGUGACAGCACCGGGAUUCCGACCUCUGACAACCCAGCUGUACGAUGACCGGGACCAGUACCUCGGAAAAGAUUCCGUGUUUGCUGUGAAGGACGAGCUGGUAGUCAGAUUUGCACCGCGCGAGGGAGACCCGAAUGCGCGGUGGUCGCUCCAGUACGACUUCGUCCUUGGCCGGGGCUGAGCCUGUGCGGCAGAAGUGUGUUGGGCGUGGGUAGCUGCUGUAUUCCCUCCCACCCAGGCCGGUGGUUUUCAAUUGAGUUUCGAUGCGUCCCACCAGAGUUGUCCUCUGCCGGGUGUGUUUUGUCAAAUCCGUUAGCCCGUCGCCUG